AGGGCAGGGGCGGAGCGGGUGGGGGCAGGGCCACAACCAGAGGCCCAGGGUUCCUGGCAGCCCCUCCCUCGGCCCCUCCACCUCAGCACUGACAUGGCCCUCAGAAGGGAAGGGGAACAGGCAAGGAGGGGAAGAACUGAUCUUUCCAAAAAGAUCCUGGGGCAGAGUCCAGGGCGGCUCAAGGCUCCUCCACACACGCCUGCUGAACCCUGAGCACCCUGAGCUGCCCGGAUGGGGCAGGCUGCGGCCGCCGCCAUGAUCCCAGGCCUGGCCCUGCUCUGGGCAGCAGUGCUGGGGGGUGCUGCCCCCAGCCCUCCCCGCCUUCGGCUCUCCUUCCAAGAGCUCCAGGCCCAGCACGGUCUCCGGACCUUCAGGCUGGAGAGGACCUGCUGCUAUGAAGCUCUGCUGGUGGACGAGGAGAGAGGACGCCUGUUUGUGGGUGCCGAGAACCGCGUGGCCUCCCUCAGCCUGGACGACAUCAGCAAGCGGGCCAAGAAGCUGGCCUGGCCGGCCCCUGUGGAAUGGCGAGAGGAGUGCAACUGGGCAGGGAAGGACAUUGGUACCGAGUGCAUGAACUUCGUGAAGUUGCUGCAUGCCUACAACCGCACCCACUUGCUGGCCUGUGGCACAGGGGCCUUCCACCCAACCUGUGCAUUUGUGGAGGUGGGCCACCGGCUGGAGGAGCCCACGCUCCGGCUAGACCUUCGAAGGCUGGAGGACGGCAAGGGCAAGAGUCCUUAUGACCCCAGGCAUCGGGCUGCCUCCGUGCUGGUGGGGAAAGAACUGUACUCAGGGGUGGCCGCAGACCUCAUGGGCCGGGACUUCACCAUCUUCCGCAGCCUGGGCCAGCGUCCAAGUCUGCGAACAGAACCACACGAUUCUCGCUGGCUCAACGAGCCCAAGUUCGUCAAGGUCUUUUGGAUCCCAGAGAGCGAGAAUCCUGAUGAUGAUAAGAUCUACUUCUUCUUCCGUGAGUCAGCAGUGGAGGCUUCGCCAUCACUGGGACGCCAGACUGUGUCCCGGGUUGGCCAGAUCUGUCGGAAUGACGUGGGAGGCCAGCGAAGCCUUGUCAACAAGUGGACCACGUUCCUGAAGGCGCGUCUGGUGUGCUCAGUGCCAGGUGUCGAGGGUGACACACACUUCGACCACCUCCAGGACAUGUUCCUGCUGUCCUUGAGGGACCGCUGGAGCCCACUGCUCUACGCUGUCUUCUCCACAUCGAGCACCAUCUUCCAGGGCUCUGCAGUGUGUGUGUACAGCAUGAACGACGUGCGCCGGGCCUUCCUGGGGCCCUUUGCACACAAGGAAGGGCCCAUGCACCAGUGGGUGUCCUACCAGGGCCGUGUCCCCUACCCCCGGCCUGGCAUGUGUCCCAGCAAGACCUUUGGCACCUUCAGUUCUACCAAGGACUUUCCUGAUGACGUCAUUCAAUUUGCCCGGAACCACCCCCUCAUGUACAAUUCGGUCCUGCCCAUGGGUGGUCGCCCUCUCUUCAUACAAGUGGAUGCCGGGUACACCUUCACCCAGAUCACUGCAGACCGUGUAGCAGCUGCUGACGGACACUACGACGUCCUCUUCAUUGGCACAGACGCUGGCACAGUGCUGAAGGUGAUCUCCGUCCCCAAGGGCAGCCAGCCUAACGGGGAGGGGCUGCUCUUGGAGGAGCUGCACGUUUUUGAGGAUUCAUCUGCUAUCACCAGCAUGCAAAUCUCUUCCAAGAGGCACCAGCUGUACAUAGCUUCGCGGAGCGCGGUCGCCCAGAUCCCGUUGCACCUCUGUGCUGCCCACGGCCGCGCCUGUGCGGAAUGCUGCCUUGCGCGAGACCCUUACUGCGCCUGGGACGGGGCCGCGUGCACGCGCUUUCAGCCCAGCGCUAAAAGGCGGUUCCGGCGGCAAGACGUGAGGAAUGGCGACCCCAGCACGCUGUGCUCCGGCGACUCCUCUCAUCCCGCACUGCUGGAGCGGAAGGUGUUCGGUGUGGAGGGCGGAAGCGCCUUCCUGGAGUGUGAGCCCCGCUCGCUGCAGGCGCGCGUGGAAUGGACCUUCCAGCGCGCAGGGGAGGCGACCCACACCCAGGUAGCUAUGGAGGAGCGCGCGGAGCGCCUUACGGGGGGACUGCUGCUGCGCGGACUGAGGCGCGGGGAUUCUGGCGUGUACCAGUGCGCAGCUGUGGAGCAGGGCUUUUCGCAGUCGCUGCGUCGCCUGGUGCUACACGUGCUGAGUGCUGCGCAGGCCGAAAGGCUGGCCCGGACCGAGGAGGCCGUGCCCGUAGCCCCUCCAGGCCCCAGGCUCUGGUACCGGGACUUCCUGCAGCUGGUGGAGCCGGGCGGCGGUGGCGCGAGUUCCCUGCGAAUGUGUCGUCUGCAGCCUGAGUCGCGCCCACCGCCUCCCGAGUCACGGAGGAAGGGCCGAAACCGGCGAAGGCACGCCCCAGAGCCGCGUGCUGAGCGGGGGCCGCGCAGCGCAGCGCACUGGUGAUUCGGCAGUCCACGCCGGGUACAGGGAAGGAGGCUACAGGCAGGACAUGGGGAGGACAGACCGUGGAGGACGCACAGCUAGGGGGCCUGGCACAUUGGUCCCUGGUUGAUGGAGACACCGACCUACAGGCCCUGGCUGAGGGGCAGCCUCCCCGGCUUAUUUAUUAACAGAGGAUAACCCUUGAAUGUAGCCCUGGGAGGGACUGCCCAGGCGGGGCACAGGGGCCGGCUGGUCGGGAGGAGGGAGAUAAGCAAGGCUCCAGAGCAACGACCUGGGCAGAGGAGGUGCCCGGAGUGCCCACCCCGGGAUAAAGACCUCCUCCUUGGAGAAUGAGCAGAAAGCUGUGAACAGGCUGAACUGGUGGGGCGGGAGUGGGACAGGCCGACUGUACUAAUGCAAUAAACAUAUUAUGAGCCGAAGCUGGAAUGGCCCCAGCUGACAA